AGAUCCUGAGAUAUAGAGCCUAACACCUCUGUAACUGCUGUGGCUCAGUGCUGUACCAGCCCUGUGGCAGAGAAGGGCUAAGAAACUUUUCAUACUACAACUCCCAUUAUUCUGUAACAUUGAGUCAUAGCAGCUAAAAUGAUGCCCAACUGAAUUCAUCCUACAGUGUAGUCAGGCCCCGUCUACACUGCCAUAUAAUCCAGUUUCUGAAUCCAGAUUUUAUUCUUUGAACUGGAUUAUAUGGCAGUGUAAACUCAGAUAAAUCCAGUUCAAAGCAGAUAAUGUGAAUUUCAGAAUGUUGUUCUUUAUUGUCCUGAUUUUAGAGUUUUUUUAAAUACUGGUAGCCAGAUAUUAUUCAUUUUCAUGGUUUCCUCCUUUUCUGUUGAAAUUGUCCACAUGCUUGUGUAUUUCAAAGGCUUCUCUGUGUAGUCUGACAUGGUGGUUGUCAGAGUGGUCCAGCAUUUCUGUGUUUUCAAAUAAUAUACUGUGUCCAGAUUGGUUCAAGUGCUCUGCUAUAGCUGACUUCUCCAACUGAGUUAGUCUACAGUGCAUUUCAUGUUUCUUGAUUUGUGUUUGGACAAUGCUGCGUUUGGUGGUUCCUAUGUGGAUCUGGUCCACAACUGCAUGGUAUGCGGUAGACGCCUGCAGAGGUGAGAGGAUCCCCCUUGUCAUUUGCUGAACAUAGCAUUUGUUGGAUUUUCUUGGUGGGUGUGCAUAUAGUUUGUAGGUGGAUCUUUGUCUUUACUCUCGUGGCUUGUUCUUGGCCUUACAGCUCUUCUGAUGUCUGUGGUGGAGUAUCCAUUGGCCUAUAGAGCCCAGUUUAGGUGGUUCAGUUCCCCACAUGGAGCUGAAGCUGAUAGAGGGAGCUCAUCCACGCUCUCCUCGGGUUGGAUGUGAACCCGUAACUUUCAAAUCAGCAACAAUGAUGCAAAUAUCCAGAUCUUUCGGAUUCAGAAGCUGGCCCCCACUUAUCAGAGGCAAGUGGGAAUAAUGCAACUGGUGACCUUGACUAGCAUUGAAUAGCCUUGCAGCUUCAAAGCCUGGCUGCAAGUAUGCAAUGAUGCAAGUAUCCAGAUCUUUGGGAUUCAGAAACUGGAUUAUAUGGCAAUGUAGAUGGGGCCCAAAAUAAUGUCACUUCAAGAUAAAUUUCCUUGGAAAUAGGCCCCACUGAGUUCAAUUGAACUCUAGUGCCCUUCAAUGCUGUUGGGCCAUGUACCAAAAGCAUUAUCCUGACGUUUUGCCCAUAUCUAUGGCAGGCAUUCUCUGUGGGAAGUGGGAAUGUUGCAUUUGGCCACCUUGAUUAGCAAUGAAUAUUCUUACAGCUUCAAAUCCAGGCUGCAAUGAUGCAAGUAUUCCCUAGUAAUUUGUUUGUAUAUGAUUAUAAAAGAAUUAUACAGUGCAUAUGCCUUUGUUCCCAGAGCACAUAGAGCAAAGUUGCAGAGUUUGUCCCCCUUCCCCUAUGUCAGAAAUAACACCGAAAUGCCUAAUCCCUCUUUCUUUUUUCCUUCCUCCUCUCUUCUUGGUAUCUCAAAGAGACAAACUGAGCAUGCUCAGAAACUUCUCAGAUCUCGCGCACAGAAAUACCUAAUCCCUCUUUCUUUUUUCCUUCCUCCUCUCUUCUUGGGAUCUCAAAGGGACAAACUGAGCAUGCUCAGAAACUUCUCAGAUCUCACGUUAAUAAGGAGGGAGGCUGAGAUUUCAAAGAGAGGAGGAUUUCUAUACAAAUAAUGGGAGGAGGGAUGGUGGGCGGGGCCUCAGAACUGUAAUGUGAUGAGAAAUUAACUCCAAGAAUGCUGAUACAUACUGGGUGGCAUGGAAGUGUGAUGAGGGUAGAUUACUUUCUUGAACACAUCAAUGAACAGACAAGUACAACCUCUGCACAUGCCGUGUGGCAUUUUUGACAGUCCAACAGACGGAGGGGCAGUACUUGAAGUGUAGUAUUACUGAAGGCAAAAAAGAAUUGUCAGACACACUAGCAGUAGUUCUGUUGGGAACUUCAUAUUACAUAGCUGUCAUGGAACAGAAAGCCAAAGCAUCACAAGCGAAAGGAAAAGGAAAGGGUACCCACUGGGGGUUCCAUGAAAUCCAAGAUUUGCUUGAUAUUUGGGGGGAGAAAAAAGUGCAGGAUGCCCUGAGAGCGGUCCAUAUAAACAUAGAUGUGUUUGAAGAAAUAGCAGAACAGAUGCGGAAAAGGGGCCGCAGUCGAACUGCUGAGGAGUGCCGCAACAAAACAAAGGCAAUGAGGCUUGAGUACAAGAGGGUACAGGCACAUAACAAAUGCUUGGGAAACGCUCGCAAAACAUGUGCAUUUUACGCCAAGCUAGAAAACAUUCUCAAAGGAGAUGCAAGCAUUGACCGUCCCAGGCUCUUAAGAAGUUGUCCAGUCCAAAGAGAGGAACUUCCUCUGACCCAAGAUUUGGAUGUAACCACUUUGGAAGAGACAUGUUCCCAGAAGUCAGUACUGGAUACACAAGCUGCUAGUCCUUCACUGAUUACCGCGGAAGAAGAAGCAGAUGGAGAUGUUUCAGAACCGGUGAAUGUCCAUGUUCCACCUGCCCUUGUGGGAUCUCCUUCAGUGACACCCACAACUGAAGCUGAAGGUGAGGGAGAACCAGGGACCCUGAACCAAAGCCAGCAGUUACCUGAACAAGAAAGAAAGGACCCCCUGGAAAAGGCAGCACUAUCUCCUGCCACACGUUUACAGAAUCUAAGGACCAGAAGACGAGGUGUUAGACGGGGUGAAAAUAUCGCUAUGGCAAUCAUGCAGAAUGCUAACGAGCAGGCCAGGCUGCAGCGCGAAGCCAUGCGUGAGGACAUCUCCAAGGACAGGCAGAUACUUCUUAGCUUUUUUCAUUACUUUGAGGAGGAGAGUAGAGUGUCCCAACAGAGGUUCGAUGCAAUAGAGAAACUGAUACGUGAUGUUUUGGAACAAUCACGAGUGAAGAAGCAGUGUUGCACACAUACUACAACUUGUAAUACAGCGACAAUGCAGGAGCAACAAGAUUCCGUAGCUAGAUCUCAGUCCGGUGCAACAGCAAAUAAGAGGGGCAAUCAAGCAUCCAGAAAUAGUCUCGCACCCAAAAGAUUGUUCCCUGAAGAUAGACAUAGAAUUGCACCACCCUGCCAGACUGAUAUUGACAUGGCCAGUACUAGUGCGGUUUGCCAUGUGCAACCACUCCCUGAUCUUUUCAGGGGAGUGAGCCAAGGAGAGACUCCCCCCAUCAGCAAACCUGUCACAACAUACAUUACGGAACCAGCACCUGUAUCUAGCCAGCUGGCUGAGGCACGGAGAAAGCUGUCUGAUGCCUUGCAUGCCGAGAACACAGAGGGGACAAGGAAGGGUGAAAGGGAAAGGAAGAAGAAGCCGUACACCCCUUAGUUAUUUGUGUUUAUUUUACUGGCAUGUAUUUUGUAUUUUCAGAUAGGUUGGUAACAGCUGCAGGAAGUUAUAUGACGUUCUAAACAUGAUAUUGUAUUCCUAUUGUUGCUGUUAUAGUUUUUAGUUCAGAGGAAAAAAUAUCUGGUUGCAAUUUCUGGACUGGUUCAGCAUUGAUCACUGUGCUUGUGAUGUAUUAGAUGUGAAGUGACAUCCUUCCUACGUUCUACUAGGAAGCAGUCCUAUGUUAUUUUUUAUGUUUGUUUCAGUAUUUCAAAAGGUUUUUCAAACUGAAUUUAAAAUUUACUGUUUUUGGCUUCUUCAUUCUUAUUUCAGUAGGAAUACCUUCUCUGAAUAAGCAGUGCAUCAGGAAGUACCGUUUCCCCAAAAAUAAGACAGUGUCUUAUAUUAAUUUUUGCUCCCAAAGUUGUGCUAGGUCUUAUUUUCAGGGGAUGUCUUCUUUUUCCAUGAAGAAGUAUUUACAUUUAUUGUUGAACAAAAAACGAACAUUUAUUAUAUACUGUACAAUAGUUGUCAUCACAAACCAGCAUAACCAGAUAAACUGUGAAUCCUAUCAAGAA